CUUUCCAUUGUGAAUCACUCGGCAUAUGGCGUCUUCAUACAGCCGUUGAAUGAGAUUGAUAAAGAUUUGUGGUACUCAAACCGUAGUGUUGAAGUAGUUGCCUGCCAAAUUACUUGUCGGUCGACGCUGUCGAAGGCUUUUUCAAAGUCGAUGAAGUUGAUGUAAAGAUCCAGUUGGCUGCCAUUCUAUACUCUGUUCUAUGAUGAUGCGUAGCGUAGCGUUGCAAUUUGAUCCGCUUAUGAUUUAAUCUUCCUGAAGCCAGCUAGCCAGCCUGUUUCGGUCGUAAUUUUGAGUGCGGAGUAUUUUUUAGGCUCUCCAGGAUGAUGCGGCUUAAUAUUUUGCUUGUUUUGGGUGGACAGGGACAGGAGCAUGAUUCCGCGCCAGUUCUUGCAAAGACUUAGGUUGCCAUUCUUUCGGAGUUUGAUGAGGUAGCCGUUCUUCCAAUCAAUAGGCAGGUACUUUCCCUUCCUUCCUUGCAAACAUUCUGCAACAGUGGUGUUAGCGUGUCCACUGUUGUCUCUGCGUCUGUUUCCAAUGCUUCUGAAGGAAUUCCAUCUGGUCCUCCUGCUUUCCCGAAUUUCAGCAACUUUAUGAAGUUCAAGACUUCGCUUCCGUUUUGUCGGAGAGCCUGUGUUCACUGGUAAUUCUGCGGUUGCUGACGGUACUUCUGGACGAGUUGCAGGUGGUGGUGAUGGUGGUGGUCGAUUCAAGAGUUUUCUGAAGUAGUCAGCCCAUUGUUUCCUUUUUUUCUCCUAUUUGGCGGUAACUAAGUUUCCUUCACUAUUUUUCAUUGAUUUCAUCUGCGUUGAUCUCUUCCCUCCCAGAUAGUGACCUGGUUAUUUGAUAUAGUGUUGUCAAGUCUUCGUCUCUCCCACCUGCAGCCUGUUCUGCUUCACUUGACAGUGUGUCGCAGAAAUGUCUUUUGUCUUUCCGUGCACUCUUCUCUUCUUGGCCCGGUGAAGUGUUUUAUAAGCUAUAUUCAGUUCCUCUGUCCGUUGUUCACCCUGCACUUCACUGGUUCAUCUUCUACUUCACCAUCUUCCUCUCCCUGCUCCAUCAUCUUCCAUGUGUCUGUCGAGAUCCAUUCCUUGUCUUGUUUCUCCAUCUUUCUUCCUAGCACGGUUAUGCAGUUUUCCUACUACGUCUCUUUCAAAGAGUUCCAGUGUUCUUCCAUAGAGGUUUCUUCAGGGAUGUCGCUUAAUAUUGCCCAUUUUGUCCUGAUGACUGACGUGAAGAUGUCCUUUGUAGUUUCGUCGUUCAUUUGGUUUCUGUUCUGAAUGUUGAACCUGAACUGUGGUCUAUCAUCACCAGCUUGUUUGAAGGCUUUCAACUUGAUUUUGCAGGAAGGUUCCUUGGACUAGAUAGUGAUUGGUGUGAACCUACAUCUGCUCUCUGUCUUUAUCUGAUCUUGUGUCCAGUAGACUACGUCUCCACUUUCUUCACAUUGAGAUGAAGUCGAUCUGAUUUUUAGUGUGGGUAUAUAACACUGCAUAUCAGUGCGGUCAAGGUAAGGCUGUAUAGGAAAGAUGAAAGAAAUAUGCUAAGAACAAAGACGGAAAUAUAAUGAAUAACAAGACAUCAUCUUUCAUAUGAUCAUGGCUUGAAGAGAUAGUUUUCAAUCAUUGCACCUGGUGUUUCAAGCUGAAAAGUUUUACUGUCUUUCCGACCUUAAUUUUCAAAAGAAUUUUUAAGUUCCAUUUAUUCAGAAUGAAAAAGUUCCGGACAGCGCAAUACUAUCGAACGUUAAUGUUUAUCAAUCUCCUGAAUAAGUUAUGUAAACCACAGCAUAAACUAAGAAAAUAGACAACUUGUUUUAGAUUUCGUCAUAACGAGUCUGUAUAUUACUCCGAAAAUACUAAGAUAACAUAGUCCUGUUGGGUGAAGACGCUGACAAAAUGUAGUCUUCUGGACACCUUGAGUGGGUUUCGGAUGCGUUUCUGGCCACUAAAAAUGUAAAUUAUUGCUCCAGAACUUUUCUUCAACGGUUCCACGGCUAACAAUAGAGAGUUAAGUGGUUAAGCGCGUUAAACAUUUCACCUACCCGAGAAGUCGGAUCAGCCCUGGUGGUUCAGUGGCUGACGAAAUCUCUGCACGAAUGCAAAAAGCUUGGUUGGCUUUUGCCAACUCAUGCCAUGUAUGGUGCCGCCGCGAUAUCCGAUUGUCUUUUGGGGGUCCAGUGUAUUGUGAAUCAGUCAGCUCUGUUCGUCUGCAUGGCUGUGAAAUAUGACCACUAAAGGUAGAAGACAUGAAAGGGCUCCUAGUGUUUAACCACUGUUGCCUUCGUAGCACACUAGCCGGUUGGUGUCCGCGGGAAAAGAGAAACCAGUGGUUGCAGACUCUAGGUGAUGUAGCUCAGAACUGAUGUCAGUGACGCAGAUGUUUACACACAUUAUCCCCAUCUUAACUGCCAUACUUAAUCUUAUCAUUUUAUCAUUCUUCCUUCGCAUUUGCUACUCUCUACUUCUUUUAAUGGACUUUUCUUUCUCACUUCAUCUUCGAUUUUAUUGCCUUGUUACUUUAUGUACUGAUAUGAUGUAUGGUAAAUUGGUAAUGCUUGGCCGUAUGUUGAUUAGUUUGUUUGUUGUUCUUACCAAAAAUACCCGACUUUGGAUGCACCUUUCCCUCGCAUUAUGGUCGUCGUGAACUAAAUUUCUAAGGUAUUUUAUAUUCAUUCCUUUUGUGCUUUUCAAUACGGAGAUAUUUCUUUGUAGACUUUUUGUAUUUAAUGACAAAAAUUAUUAUUUAGGUAUUACAGCAAGCAUGUAUAAAAUGGAAUUUGAGUGAAAAAAGUCAACAAAAUACGUAUAAAAAUGUUGCUUCAUGGUUUCCCCCGGCUCCUUUGUGGUCAAAUACUCAGGUUCCACAGGUUUAGCUCAACUAUAGCUUCCUAUCGUAAUCUUGUUGCUGAUGUAGUGGCUGUACAUAGUCCACCGAAUUCUGUUUAUAGGUCUCAUAGUUGUGGCGAGCUGAAUGUGAAACACAUUGACCUAGUUGUGUCAGUAUGUGGGUGGCUUGAUUCCUUCAGAUUUUCAUUCCGUUUUCUUGUUCUUCGUGACGACUGUGGUUCAGUACAAAUAUACUGCGAUACAAAGUCACUCACAAUCCCUCCUCUUACUUUAGAAUCAGUCUUGAAGGUGACUGGCAAAGUUAAAGCCCGUCCAGAAAAAGAUAUCAACCAGGUAAUUCUCUAUUUACUUUAGAUGGUAUUUUCAAGUUGAUGUCAACUGGUGAAAUAGAGAUAAUUGCUGAUAGCGUUGAAGUUAUCAAUCAGUCUUCUCCACUUUCAUUCCAACCGAAGACUGCAAUGACUGUUAAUGAGAUAGAAAGAUUAAAAUGUCGUUACCUUGACCUUCGUUCGUGCGAUUUACAAAAAAAUAUACGAUUUCGCUCAUCCAUCAUAUUACAAAUGAGGAACUUCCUAUGUCAGGAUAAUGGAUUUGUCGAUAUCGAAACUCCUUAUCUAUUUAAAUUAACUCCAGGGGGUGCACGUGAAUUUGUUGUUCCCACUAAAUUUCCAGGGCUAUGUUAUUGUUUACCUCAAAGUCCUCAACAAUUUAAACAACUUUUGAUGGUGGGUGGAUUCAGUAAAUAUAUGCAGAUUGCAAGAUGUUUUCGUGAUGAGACUUCCAGGUCUGACAGGCAACCUGAAUUUACUCAGUUAGAUAUAGAAAUGGCAUUCAUAACUCCAAAUGAUAUUUAUGGAUUAAUUGAAAAUAUGAUGCUGCAUGUUUGGCCUUUAGUCCAAAGUACUUCAGGAUGUAUGCCAAUUUCCGCUCCUUUUCAACAGAUGGAAUAUAGUGAUGCUAUGUUACAAUAUGGAAGUGACAAACCAGAUGUACGUUUCGAUCUGUUACUGUCAACCUUCACAGAUGAUGGACAUAUUGGUUUUAAUAUACCAAAGAAAUAUGCUUCAAGUUUGACUUCUGAAGAUUUGGAAUUCUUGAAGAAACUGGUUUAUCGUUUGACGAGCCAAGAUAUACUAAUUUUCGAGAUCAAAAAUGCCCAAUCACAGUAUUCACAGUUAUUAGAUAUAUUGAAGCCAGAGUGUGGUGAUGUUGUUGUCCUUACAAAAGGCAAUACGGAAAAGAAGCUGACAACACUUGGAACAGCACGAAUUGAAGCAGCUAAACUUAUUGAUUCUAAAGGUUUGCCAAUAUAUAAACCUGGUUUCCACUUUCUUUGGGUGAAUAAUUUUCCACUGUUCGAACAAAAUGAUUUGGGCCAGUGGACAUCAACACAUCAUCCAUUUACUGCUCCGACUCCAGAAACAACUCGUCUGCUGUACACUGAUCCAGGUCAAGUGAUUGGUUUACACUAUGAUUUAGUUUGCAAUGGUCAAGAAGUCGGUGGUGGUUCAAUUCGAGUGCAUAAUCCUGAAGUACAGAAAUACAUUUUCACUGAAAUUCUUAAGGAAGAUUCAUCGGAAAUGGAUUAUUUUCUUACUGCUCUGAGGUCAGGAGCUCCACCACAUGGUGGGAUAGCUUUAGGUGUUGAUCGUCUGAUCGCUCUACUACUGAAUGCCAAAACGAUCAGAGAUGUAAUUGCGUUCCCUAAAGUGGCUGAUGGGAAAGAUCUUUUAUGUGGCACACCCACUAAGCUCAGUGAUGAGGUGCUCUCACAAUAUGGCGUUUCUAUUUUGAAUAAUAAACAGUAAUUUCU